UGAGUUUGUUAAAGAGGAACAUUGGACAAGAGAAACUGUAACGGGACUACAACAAAUUCAAACACGGAUGCUUCUUGCGGACAAAUUUCCGACAAAAAUGGAAGAAACUUUUCCUGACAUCAAAGUUAAAAUAAAUCAAGGGAAGAACGAAAUUAUUAUCGAAGGUAUAUAUCAAGAUGUGAAAAAAGUGCUACUAAAAAUAUACGAACUGAAAGACAAGCUUUGCUCACAAGAGUUUCGGAUCCAGAAACAAGUGCUUUGCCUGUACGACAUAUCCAACAAAACAGUGAAGGAGUAUAUCGGGAAAAAAUUGAAAAACAAUCGCAUAGUAGCAGUAUGGGAAAGCACGGGAAGCAAACUAAAUGUAAUGUCUGCAAAUAAGGAAACACUAGAUAUGGCUGCAAAAGUUGUUCGAGAAUCAGUGUCGAGUAAAACUAUUCUAUUAUCCUUAGCAAAUAUGUAUGUAUUGCAGACAGACUCUUUGGAGGAAAAACACAGCGAGUUGAAUUCAAAAUAUAGAGACAAGCUUGUUUUUGACACAACCGAUUUAGGCAAACUUGUUUUCGGGACCACAGAUGAUAUUGCGAAUGAAGUCGAAAGUGUUAUUCAGUCAUUCCUAAGGGCACAUUCCAUCUUGAAAGACACCAUCAAAGUACCCAAAAAUGUGUAUAGGUUGAUGAAACGCUAUUAUGAGAGCAAGUUCGUAUAUUUUCAAAAGAUGCUGCACAUGGUUUUGAAAUAUCUGGUACAAAGGAUGGAAUGGACCAGGCAAAGACUCAAGUUGAAGCACUUUUGAGAAAGGUAAACAAGAAGCAGCACGAAGUCCGAAAACCAGGUCUUGGAGAAUAUAUGAAAACUGAGAAGGGAAGUAAAAUUACGCGAUCUGUUGAAACAGCGUUUCCAUGUGCUAUAUCCAUGAAUGACGACAGUGAUGACGAUUUGGACAUGGGAAGUGACAAAAUUUGUGUGAUUUCAAGCUGUACUGGUUAUGAAAAUAGAAGAAUGUUUGCUGUCGUUGGUGAUAUGUCAGAAAUACACGUAGAGGUUAUUGUUAACCCUUCUGAUGACAAAAUAGGUUUAUCCGGAGGACUAGGAAAAGUGUUAAAAAUGAAAGGAGGACUAGCGCUUGAACGCCCUUGCAGAGAUUAUAUCAAAAACAACGGCCCACUGAGUGAGGGAGAGGUUUUUGUAUCCCCGGCAGGAAACCUGAAAGCAAAGCACAUAAUUCAUGUGGUUGGUCCGGCUUGGAAGGACGGUACUCACCAAGAGGAUGAAAAGCUGACAGAGGUGGUGUUCAUGGCAAUGAAACAGGCAUCUAUGAAAAACCUGAAAUCACUUGCCAUGCCUGCUAUAAGUUGUGGUGUUUAUGGAUUUCCUGUUAAGAAAGCAACAGGCAUUAUUGUAGCGGCCGUCAAUAACUUUUUCCGGGUGGAACAAGAUAGCUCUUUGAAAGAGAUCUACCUAUGUGAUAUAAAGGAUGGCACAGUUGAUGCUUUUACUGAAGCUCUACAGAUGGAAUGGGGUGCCCAGAAUGUGAUAAGAUAUUCAAUUGCAGCACAACGUCGAAAACCUGGAGUUGGCACAGAAUUGUAUCCACCUCUUAAGACGUCAACUAUUAAUCUAAAUGCAGAUUCGGACACUGUGCUUUUCACACUGUGGGCCCUUAAACAGAACACUAUUAUAGCAGCAAUUGAAAAGUUAGACAGUUGCAUAGAACGUGAAGUGUCUAAGAACGUCUAUAGAGAAACUGUUUGUUCUCGGACGGAUGAUAAACAGUGGUGUUUACAGUGAGUAUGGGGAAAGGAUUGUCGUUGACUUUAAGUAUUUUUCGUGAGUUACCAGUCAAACUCUAAAGAAAGAGAGAUCUCCUUCAAAAGAGCUAAUCAAAGGUAAUGAGUAUUGUUUCAAAGUCGGACAAAAACCAUACUCGAUUAUCGGAUAUAAUCAGACAGGCCAUCCCGAUUAAUCGUCGGUUUCAUAUUUGAUGUUAAAAUGAAAAACAAAUCCAACUCUUGUACAACAGUUGUCAAUGGUGGCUGAUAUUUGCCAUAUUUUUCGAAGGUAUUUCACAAUGUUUACAUUUUUUUACAUUUUAUCUAUUUACCUGCCUUUGUUUGCAAUUUGAAUGCAUUCAAGCAUCCAUUGACACAAUUUCAGAGCAAAAUAACGAAAAUGCUACACAAAUUGUUUCACUUUACGUCGAAGAUCCUGGUACAAAUCGUAUUAAGAUGUACAAGCGAUCUCAAAUUAGCAGAAUCUGUUCGAUAAUUAAUUUAGGUUUGAAGAAGUGUUUGUUAAACUGAAUAUGAGUAUCAAGGCAUAAAAUUCCUCUAUUCAUCAGUAGUAUCAUUGUUGUACUAAUUCAAUGAAAUGUAUAUAUCGAUUAUAUGAAAUAAUGGGUGUAUAAGCUAAAUGCAAUGUUGUGUAUGCGAUUAUAUGAAUUAAUGGUUGUAUAAGCUAAAUGCAAUAUUGUGUUUUCGAUUAUAUGAAAUAAUGGGUGUAUAAGCUAAAUGCAAUGUUGUGUAUUCGAUUAUAUGAAAUAAUGGGUGUAUAAGCUGAAUGAAAUGCUGUGUAUUCGAUUAUAUGAAAUAAUGGGUGUUUAAGCUAAAUGCAAUGUUGUGUAUUCGAUUAUAUGAAAUAAUGAGUGUAUAAGCUAAAUGCAAUGUUGUGUAUUCGAUUAUAUGAAAUAAUGGGUGUAUAAGCUAAAUGAAAUGCUGUGUAUUCGAUUAUAUGAAAUGAUGACUUGUAUAAGCUAAAUGAAAUGUUGUGAAUUAAUUAAGUUCGUGGAAUGUGAUGAUUAAGAUCGGUGAUUUUGUAUAAUUAUUCGGUCAUGUACCAUGUGCUGUAAAAGAUCCGUUAUAUUUGGAUAAGUUCAAACAUAAUUGUUAUAUUUGAUACUAGUACAUGAUGAGUGAUAUAAGGUCAGUGGUGUGAAGUGUAUUAGAAAAAUAAGAUCUAUCAAAUGUGCUAUAUAAAUUAAGUGUUUUGUGGUGCAUUAGGUCCGUGAUAACGACACCUUAUUUUAAAGACAAAACAUUACAUUUACUUAGUAGAUAUGCAUGGUUAAACCAUUAUAUACUGUAGUGUGUAUACAAAUGCAUGUUAAUGUGAACAUCAGAAACGGUUUCGAUACAAAUGUUUAUCUUCUAAAUGCGUUAUACAUGUACUGCAGUAUAUGAUCAAAAGAAAUACUUUGGAAGUAUGAAGGAUAGAUAGGAAAUGUUUUAUUGUUUAAGCAUGUUUUUACAUUUUUAGAGCAUGAUGUUAAUAGUGUUUCUAAUUAAAACAUGCAUACCAUGUGAAUGCAAUGUCCUUGUGGUGUAUACAAAAUAUGAAUGUUAAGGAUAAUAAACGUUUUCAUUUA